CAUUCAUACACAUACAUACACUCGCUUUCUCUGCAAUUUCGUCUUCUUGUCCUUUCACUGCACAACUUCCCUAUACUUCCAUUUCUCUCUCUUUCUUUCUCUCUCUUUCUCUCUCUCACAGCUCAACGAUUUUUCUCCAAGCCCAAGUCUUCCUUUUUUUUCUUUUGAUCGAGCUAUGACCAAGGACUUGUCUUAAAGAGCAUUUUUUUACAAUUCAUAGGUAAGCAAUGGUUGGUGCAUCGUGGUUUCGAACUCUAUGGAAGAAUCAACGGAAGGACGAUGCUCAUUCUGAGAAGGCAGUGCUUGGAGUAUUAGCAUUUGAAGUCGCAAGCUUAAUGUCCAAGCUUGUUAACUUGUGGCAGUCUUUGAGUGAUAAACAGGUUGCUAAGUUGAGAGAAGAGAUAACAAAUUCAGUGGGUAUCAGAAAGCUUGUUUCGGAAGAUGAGAAUUUCAUUGUACGUUUAAUCAGUCUGGAGAUGCUUGAGAAUAUGGCACACGUGGCUGAAUCUGUGGCUAGGCUAGGGAAAAAGUGCAGUGAUCAAAGUUUGAAAGAUUUUGAGAAUGCCUUUGAUGUAUUUAUCACUUUUGGUUUAGAUCCAAAUCGUUGGGAGUUCACUUCCAGAAAAAUGGAAAAAAAGGUAAGAAGGAUGGAAAAGUUCAUAUCAACUAAUGCAACUUUGUACCAAGAGAUGGAACUGCUAGCUGAUCUCGAGCAAACUCUUGGAAGAAUGAAGGCUUACACCGAGUCAGAUGGACCAAAUUUAAUUGACUAUCAAAAGAAGGUUGCCUGGAAGAGGCUGGAGGUGAAGAACUUAAAGGCUAGUUCUCUGUGGAACAGAACAUAUGAUUACACGGUGAAUAUUUUAGCAAGAUCUCUAUUUACAAUAUUCAGAAGGAUCAACAAUGUAUUUGGCAUUCAAGAGAUAAUAGAUGUUGGUAAAAUCAAGAAUCGAAGUGCUUUGAAUUCUGAUCACGCUGAUGGUAGUCGUUCAGUUUCUGAAUUAUUGCAACCUUCAGUCCAACCCUCCAGCAAAGCUCGGCCCACAUUUGCUUCGGGACCUCUUGGCGCGUUUGCUGCUACAUCUCGUCCAAAUGGUCGAACAAAUAAAGCUACCAUGUUUCCUUUAGAUGCUGGAGACUCGUCCACAAAGCCAGGGCUAAGUUCAGUAAAGAAUAGAAGUGUCAGAUUUUUCUCAGGUCCUCUUGGAAGAAAUUCAAAAAAGCCUGUCCCAGAUAAUGGAACAAAUAAAAGCAGCAAGAUUUGGAACUUAAAUGGGCACUCAACUGCUGUUAGUGGGAAGGAAAUUAAUGCAAGACAUAGUCGACUGACUCAAGUAGAACCUUUCAAAGGAUCUAUACUGGCCGACAGUUCUUUGGUCACUGAUAGCCACUCAAGCCCAAAUGAUGUUCUUUUAGCAUCACAAAAUCCCAAUGACCCUAAGGCAAACCUUGUUACUCCUAGAAAAGAGGGUCAUAGCCCUCAAUCAACUUUCCAUUACCUAUGCAGGUUAAAGCCUCCAUCUGAAUCCCUUGGUGCUGCUUCUUUAGCCCUGCACUAUGCAAAUGUAAUCAUCAUGAUUGAGAAACUGGCAACAUCUCCUUACUUGAUUGGUCUUGAUGCAAGAGAUGAUCUGUACAACAUGUUACCGAGACGUGUAAGAGUUGCUAUUAGCAGCAAACUGAAGCCAUAUUCCAAGGCCAUGGCUUCAGCAGUGUAUGAUGCAGGUCUAGCGGAAGAAUGGAACGAAGCAAUGACCGGUAUAUUAGAAUGGUUAGCCCCGCUUGCUCACAACAUGCUAAGAUGGCAAUCUGAGAGAAGUUAUGAGCAACAUUGCUUUGUUUCCCGGACAAAUGUGCUGCUGGUACAAACCCUUUACUUUGCAAAUCAAGAAAAAACGGAAUCAAUAAUAACUGAGCUUCUUGUGGGUCUGAACUAUGUGUGGAGAUAUGCUAGGGAGCUCAAUAAAAAAGCUCUGCUAGACUGUGGCCAUGGUGGGGUAGAUAAUGGAUAUUCCCAACUGAAUCUAUAAGCACUUUUAAGUCAAGUUCGUCGCAGGAUUCAUUUUUCAACAAAAGUGCAGUCCCUGCAAUUGAUUUGGAUGAAUCUUUUCAGGGAGACAAAUCUUCUGGCUUCUUAGAUCUCAGUGAAUGUGAAACAGGUGCCCUGGAGCUCGAGAGAAAUACCCACAUACGCUGGUUUAUUGUGUCAGAAAUGCAUUCUUGGUGAGAAAUGUUCAUUUUAAAUAUUCAGUAUUAUUUUUCUUUGAGGAGAUCUUGCUGAUUUAACUUGGAUCGCAUAUCUCAUCUUUGAAUAGUUGUCCUAUGGGUGCAUAUUUAUGAGCUUUAUAUGUAUUAAAUGUAUAGUUUUUAUCAGCCGGGAUAUUUCUAUGUUGAUAUCUGUUGAAUUCUAUAAA